AUGACCCACUCACAAAAUGGCUCCACUUCCACACUGACAUCAACAACACGGCGCUGGCGAUUGUCGAGGAAGGGUGCGAGUGCUGACGCUGUGAAAAUGAUGGAAAAGCGGCAACCAGAGGUUCUUCCUGGGAGUCCAGACUCAGUCCGUAAUCCUGAAAAGCAAGAGGAAGCGUUCUCCAGACAGAAUGGAUGUAAAGAGGAGCGCGAGGAGGCGAUGGGGGAGCAAGGGGGGUGUGAGGAGGAGGAGGAGAGGAGUAGAGGAGGAGGGGGCUUGAAGGCAGUGGAAGAGACGAGUGACGCUCCUCUGCAGAAGGCGAGCAACGGGACCAGCAUCAUCAUUAACGGCGUUGCCAAGGAAACUGCCUCUCACAACGCCCUUGACCUGAAAAGGGAAGUGCCGGUGAUCGAGCUCUCCAGGAGGGACGCUAUAAAAGCGCUCGAGCACAGGACUGACACUCAUUUGGUGCCGAUAACGGAACUUCGCAGACCUCCUCCGCUGCCGCUUCCGCCGCCACACCGAGACGACGCUCGAAUGGUCCAGCUGAGCCCAAACGCGUUCCCUGUCCCGGCCCGGGCCAUGCUCUACAACCUGGCGCAGCCUCUCGCCGCCAUCAACAGUCUUGGAGGAGACUCGGAGCAGUACAGCAUGUACCCCAGCAACAGGGUAAAGCGCCGCCCAGCGCCUUAUGAGGUUGAACUCGACGAGGCCGGCCAGCCUAAAAUUGUCCGCCGCAUAUUCACAAACAGCCGAGAGCGUUGGAGGCAGCAAAACGUCAACGGGGCUUUUGCAGAGCUCCGAAAACUCAUCCCCACUCACCCUCCAGACAAGAAACUGAGCAAAAACGAGAUCUUGAGGCUGGCCAUGAAAUACAUCAGCUUUCUCUCCAACCUGCUGGAAGAUCAGGACGGAGGCAGGAAUCUGGGAACCACCACAGAUGGAGAAACUGGAAUUCUAGUUGGAGUGGGAGCUCAUGAUAGGAACUCACAAGGAGGACCGCGGCAGGACACGGUUGUGAGUUUGGCCCGGGACGAUAUUCUAGAAACGAUGUCCCCCAGUUCUAGUUGUGGAAGUUUGCCAGACGGGGAUGGAGAGGGCAGUCCGGAGAGCUUUGUGGAGGACCAGGACUCGCCUCCGGUUCGGACGAUAUCGGCUCAACGCUCCAUCCAUCUUCCAUCUAGAGAUUUGAGACGCAAUGGGGCAAACCGGCGAUAA